CGUUUAAACGCCCGGAGCCGGCGCGCGCGUGCGCGGUUCGAGGCUUUCGGCGGCUUCUCCGAUCGGCUGUUUGGUGGCAGCUCCCUUCAAAUCAUAACAACCAGGAUCAAUAAAACAUCGGCUUGUGAUCCAGCAUUGACGGGCAGCGAUGGUGAAGGAAACCGCUUAUUAUGAAAUCCUGGGUGUCAAACCCAACGCCCCCUCCGAGGAGAUCAAGAAGGCGUAUCGGAAACUCGCCCUGAAGUAUCACCCCGACAAAAACCCGGACGAGGGGGAAAGGUUCAAGCUUAUAUCACAGGCCUAUGAGGUUUUGUCAGACCCUAAGAAGCGAGACCUAUAUGACCAAGGUGGUGAACAAGCCAUUAAGGAAGGAGGAGUAGGGGGUGGUGGUUUCUCCUCGCCCAUGGACAUCUUCGACAUGUUCUUUGGUGGUGGUGGCAGAAUGCAAAGGGAGAAAAGAGGUAAGGAUGUUGUUCACCAGUUGGCUGUUUCACUUGAAGAUCUUUACAAUGGAGCAACAAGGAAGCUGGCAUUGAAGAAAAAUGUAAUUUGUGACAAAUGUGAUGGUUGUGGAGGUAAGAAAGGAGCUGUGGAAAAAUGUCCAAACUGCAAAGGCAGAGGGAUUGAAAUCCAUGUACAACAAAUUGGACCCGGAAUGGUACAACAGAUUCAGACAAUGUGCUCGGAAUGUCAUGGACAGGGUGAACAGAUUAAUCCAAAAGACCGAUGCAAGAAUUGUAAUGGACGCAAAAUUGUAAAAGAGAGAAAAAUACUAGAAGUUUACGUAGACAAAGGUAUGCAAGAUGGGCAGAAGAUAACAUUCCGUGGAGAGGGCGAUCAGGAACCUGGAUUAGAACCUGGUGACGUUAUCAUUGUACUGGAUCAAAAGGACCAUGACACAUUCCGAAGGCAUGGAAAUGACUUAGUAAUGAAAAUGGAAAUCCUGCUGGUGGAAGCUUUAUGUGGCUUCAAAAGAACAAUAGAAACACUCGACAAAAGGACACUGCUGAUUACUUCAAAACCAGGUGAAGUCAUAAAAGUUGGCAGCCUUAAAUGUGUUCUUAAUGAAGGUAUGCCUAUUUACAGAGAUCCAUUUGAGAAAGGACUGCUGAUUAUUCAAUUCUCAGUGAAGUUUCCACCAUAUGGUUGGAUUCCACCACAAAACUUGGCUGAGUUAGAGGAUCUACUUCCACCACGUCAAGAGGUAAUGAUCACUGACGACAUGGAACCAGUGGAGUUAACAGAAUGCCUCUUGGAAGAGCAACACAGAAGUUAUAGCGGGGAAGUAUAUGAGGAAGAUCAAAAGCCUAGAGGAGGUGUUCAAUGUCAAACAUCCUAAACAAUGUGUGGCUAGUGUUAGAAAAAUAGAUUCUGUAAUGCUUCAAAACUAUUUUAUUAAAAAGCAUUGCAUUGGUUAUCCCCAAAAAAGACUAAUUUCUUAUGCAUCAUAUGACCACAAGGUAGUACUAGUUUCUUUUUUCCUUUGCUUUGGUGGAGAAUACGAACUCCAGUUUUUAUUGUUACCUAAGAAUUUAUAUGUACUGAAACAAUGUACUUUGUCUUCCUUGUCAUUUGCCCAGUGUUUAAUGUAUUUCUGUUCACGUGAUAAUAUGUCAAUAUCUGAAUUGAAUAUGGACAUCAACACAUGGCCAUUCUAUCAAUGUCUAAGUGUACUUCAAUUUGUCAUUUCUGGUAUUGCUUAUAAGUGAGUAAUGUUUUGUUUUUUUGGUCUUCCAAUAUUAAAGUGGGAGUAUGAAAACUAA